AUGUUUGCACUUCUCGUUCAGUUGCACAAGGUGGGGGACAUUGCAGUCACUCAGUUCCUCUCUACCUCUACCCAGAUUGAGUCUGCUGGAGACACCGAGUCUCUGGACGUCGCUGGCUCAAUCCCGACCAUUUCUCCUGAGCUCAUGGCGAAAGAGAAAGAUAAGGCAAAGCAGGGCUUCUGCGAGACUGGAUUGUGGAACUGCACAGACUUGUGGGGACCUUAA